AUGUCGCCGCUCGCUGCAGCUGUUAGCUCGGAGAUCCAAGCGGGCGGCGGCGCCCGCGCGACCCGAGCCUCAGGUUCAUCCGUCAUGUCGGUGAAAUCCAUCCGCGAGCAGGACGGAAAGGCGCUGCUGAAGCGGUGGCUUCCGGAGUAUUCCAACAAUGCCUUUGGACUCGACUGCGCUGGAUGUCUGGUGUCUCCCGGCGUGCUCGAUAGCUCCAAGGGCGAGGAUUGGAAUACCAUCCUGGAGAAGAACCCUUGGCUAAAGACAGAGAAGCUCGUGGCCAAGCCGGACCAAAUGAUCGGAGGCCGAGGGAAAGCCGGCCUCAUCGCUGUGAACAAGUCCUUCGAUGAGAUCAAGGCUUGGAUCAUGGAGCGGAUGUGCAAGGAGACGACCGUGGGUGGCAUCACAGGGCAGCUCACGCACUUCCUGAUCGAGCCUUUUGUCCCGCAUGCGCAGUCCGAGGAGGUCUACGUCUGCAUGCAGUCGCACAGGUAUAAGGACGAGAUAUUCUUCUACCAUGAGGGAGGCGUGGACGUCGGCGAUGUCGAUGCAAAGGCCUCCCGGCUCUCCAUCCCAACGGGUUGCGAGGUUUCCGAGGACAUGAUUCGUUCUGAGCUCCUGGACAAGGUGGAGCCGGGCAAGAGCGCGACCCUCGCGCGCUUCGUCAAGGCACUAUUUGCCUUCUACCGCGACCUGCACUUCGCAUACCUGGAGAUCAAUCCGAUUGCCUUGCUCUCUAACAACAAGAUAGUGCCCCUGGACCUCGUCGCAAAGAUCGACGAGACUGCCGCAUUCUUGUGCAUGCAGAAGUGGGGCGAAUUGGAUUGGCCAUCUCCUUUUGGUCGAGCUGCUUAUCCUGAAGAGGCCCUCAUUCGAGACCUGGACGGGAAGACCGGGGCUUCCCUGAAGCUGACGAUCCUGAACGACAAGGGCCGUGUCUGGACCAUGGUAGCUGGCGGCGGUGCAUCGGUUGUGUACUCGGACACCGUGGCGGACUACGGCUGGGGAAAGGAACUCGCCAAUUAUGGCGAAUACUCUGGAGCACCCACCACAGAGGAGACCUUCACGUAUGCCAAGACGAUCCUCUCCUUGAUGUGUCGCUACAAAAACCCAGAGGGCAAGUUCCUGAUCAUUGGGGGAGGUAUCGCAAACUUCACUGACGUCGCGGCCACUUUCACAGGCUUGAUCAAGGCUCUUCAGAUGUUUGCGGAUCAGAUCAAGGAACACAAAAUCCACAUCUGGUGUCGCAGAGCCGGCCCGAACUACUUGGAGGGCCUGAAGAAGCUGAAAGUCGCCAGCGACAAGCUGGGCUUGGGAGUGAAAGUCUAUGGCCCCGAGACGCACAUCACCGCAGUGGUUCCAAUGGCCCUGGGCCUCACCGAGGUGCUGCCCGAGCCGGACCUCAGCGCUGGGUCUGCACCCCCGCCUAAGCGAGAGAUGAUUCAGGUCAAGGCGACGAACGGGGCAAAGAAGGCGCAGAAGGCUGCUCCCCAAGGUGAGAGGCAUACCAUUGUCACUGCCACUCCGGCAACCAGGGCCAUCGUGUACGGCAUGCAGAACCGAGCAGUGCAGGGCAUGCUCGACUUCGACUUCAUGUGCAAGAGGAAGACGCCCUCCGUUUGUGCCAUGGUAUUUCCGUUCGGUGGCAACCACUAUGUGAAGUUCUACUGGGGUACGGAGGAGAUCCUUGUCCCGGUCUACACCACCACCAAGGAGGCUUGCCAGAAGCACGAAGAUGCAGUCACGUUCAUCAACUUCGCAUCCUUCCGCUCGGUCUAUGAGACUACCAUGGAAGCCAUGCAGUAUCCGCAGAUGAAGACGGUCGCCAUCAUCGCAGAGGGCGUUCCAGAACAGCAGACACGCCUGCUGAUCAAGGAAGCCGAGAUGCGCGAGAUUGGCAUGAUCGGGCCGGCCACGGUAGGCGGAAUCAAGCCCGGCUGCAUCCGCAUUGGCAACACAGGUGGAAUGUUGGACAACAUCGUCAUGUCGCGGCUCUACCGUCCAGGGUCUGUCGCCUAUGUGUCAAAGAGUGGCGGAAUGUCGAACGAGUUGAACAACAUCAUUUGCCGCAACUCCAACGGCGUCUACGAGGGUGUGGCGAUUGGUGGGGACCGGUAUCCUGGCAGCCGCUUCAUCGAUCACCUCCUGCGCUACCAGGAUGCACCUGGAGCAAAGAUCCUCCUGCUCCUGGGCGAGGUGGGUGGCCAGGAUGAGUACGAUGUGAUCAAGGCAGUGAAGUCUGGGCGCAUUGACAAGCCAGUUAUCGCCUGGUGCGUUGGCACCUGUGCCUCGUGCUUUGCCACGGAGGUGCAGUUCGGCCACGCUGGUGCCCAGGCCAGGGGCGAUACGGAAACGGCGAUGGCAAAAAAUGCAGCGAUGAAGGAAGCCGGGAUCAUUGUGCCAGACUCCUUCGACAAGCUACCAGAGACGAUCAGCAACUUGUACACGAAGAUGGUCGAGGAGGGUGAGAUUGUGGAGGAGCCAGAAGGCGAAACGCCCCAGGUGCCAGUGGACUACACCUGGGCCAAGAAGCUCGGGCUUGUCAGGAAGCCCGCGAACUUCAUCAGCUCAAUCUCUGAUGAUCGCGGCGAGGAGCUGAAGUAUUGCGGUGUCAGCAUCUCUGAUGUAUUCUCGCGCAGCAUGGGUGUGGGUGGCGUUUUGUCGCUCCUCUGGUUCAGAAGGCAGCUGCCUGCGGAAUGCUGCAAGUUCAUCGAGAUGAUUCUCAUGGUCACGGCUGACCACGGCCCUGCCGUUAGCGGAGCUCACAACACCAUCGUGACGGCGCGAGCGGGCAAGGAUCUGGUCAGCGCCCUUUGCAGUGGCCUCCUGACAAUCGGACCUCGAUUUGGGGGUGCGCUGGAUGAUGCCGCGAAGAUGUUUGCCGAAGCGCACGACAGCGGCAUCUCUGCCAAGGAUUUUGUCGACCAAAGCAAGAAGCAGAAUAAGCUCAUCAUGGGUGUGGGUCAUCGCAUCAAGUCGCUGGCGAACCCGGACCAGCGGGUCGUCAUCAUCAAAGACUUCGCCAAGAAGUUUUUCAAAGACAACAGCAUACUGGACUUUGCCUUGGCGGUAGAGCAGAUCACCACAAGGAAGCGAGCCAACCUGAUCCUGAAUGUGGAUGGCUGCAUCGCUGUAUGCUUCACUGACAUGCUGCGCUCCUGUGGAGCCUUCUCAAGAGAAGAGGCAGAUGAACUGAUGGCUUUCGGCUGCCUCAACGGCCUCUUUGUGCUCGGUCGUUCCAUGGGCUUCAUCGGCCACCACCUGGAUCAGUUGAGGCUGAAGCAGCCGCUCUACCGGCAUCCCUGGGAUGUCUUCAACGGGCUGGCGGCCUUUUGUACGGUUCUGCUGUUCUUCGGCACAUUUGUCUGUUGCUGCCUCACGGCCAUCAGCCGGAUAGAGCAGUGGGAGCGCUCUGGCGAGCAGCCGGAGCGGAGCGUAGCAGAACCCAGCAAGUUCUGGAGUCUGGAUUUCGAAGCCUGGGUUGAGGAUAGAGAAGAAUCCUUGAACUUGCGGACAAGCCCUCCGUCAUCGAAGGCCCGGACAGCGGCCAAAGAUCCGAUGGUGCACGGUUUGGGUAGUGAGAAUUCGAAGGUUGCCGCUUCCCAGGCCGAUGCAGGUGCUGCAACUGCGCCACGGGCUUCCCGGACUGCAGAAACGGUGAAUCUGAUGGCCAGGGUGGUGACAGUGGCAGGUGCAGCACGGCGGUCUCAGCAGGUCCCGAAGGCAGCGGCGAAGCCGGCGGCGAAGCCAGCAUCACCCAAGCCGAAGUCGAAGCCGCCAGCCACGGCUUUCAGUGCUUGGCCCCGGGUUGUGGCAGCCAGCGAAGGUGCUGACGAUAGUUGGACGACGGACACGAGCCGGACAAUCGGGAAGGGCAAAGGCAAAGCUGCCAAGGGCAAGGACAAGGGGCACGAGAAAGGCCAGGACCAUGUACCCGAAAAGGGAAAAUCGAAAGGCAAGGAGAAGGGUGCGGAGAAAGGUGGAGAGAAGGGGAAAGAGAAGGGCAAGGAUAAGGGCAAAGAGAAGGGAAGAGAUAAAGGCGCAGCGGUGAAGGGUGCCGAGAAGGCGGCCCAGCAGGGUGAGCAGAAGGCUGAGAAAGGCCAUCAGAAGGGCAAAGAGAAAGGCCAUGAGAAGGGAAAGGGUAAGGCCGGCAAAGCCCAGGCAAGCCGGGCUGGCACAGCCCAGGGAAAAGGCUCGGGCAGCUCCAAGCCGGAACGCAGAGAUGCCAGCGACUCCUACGGCGAUGUGGGUGAUGUCUGGAAGCUGCUCUGA